AUGUCCGGUCCGUACGCGGUCUUCAUGGAUGAAACGGAGAACCUGAUGCUUGGCGCCGUGACCAGCAAUGAGAAAAGGGGUCGUGCUCGCCGCCAAGAUGACACCUCCGAGAAGAUUCAAUACCCACGAUGCAUCAACGUGGCCGGACUGGCGGGCGAGGAUCUGCAGAGGGUCAAUGGCGACCAGUUUCUGAACUGCGACACGAACAUCUUUGUCCAGUUCCGAAACGGCAACACCAGCGGACUGGCCAUCGACCCGCCGCCUUGCGAGGGAGCCAAUGACACUAAAAUCUGCACGAAUCGAUAUGGAGCCCCAACGGAACCGACUUUCAUCAUCACUACCACGACAGCUGCCGCUCUAUCGAGUGAAACGCUGAUCGGGAUCGGGGCUGCUGCCCCGAUGAAGGCACCAUCGAAAAUCGUUAAUCUCGCCGAGGGCCAGUACAAGCUCAUCACCACCAAUAUCGAAGGAGGGCACAUGGCGCAUUUGGAGAAGAUGACGAAAGGAACGCCACGUCCGAUCAAACGUCAACCCGGCCGCUACGACCUGGCUGCUCGCGGCCUCGCGCUGAGAAUGGAUAUCGAGAACAGCGAAGACUAUCUGGCAAUGGACAACAAGGAGCCGUACUACACCCCGGAUGGCGACGAGAUUCAUAGUUUAUACUUGGAACUCGAAGAUAUAUUCAAAGAGGAACACGGAGUGGCGCGGCCCCAGGGAAGGACGAUUGUCGUCGGGGACCUCCAUGGAAAUUUCAACGACCUUUGGCGCAUCAUCCAUGCAUGGCUGUCAGAUGUAGUUGAUCAAGGGCCCAAGCAAAACAUCAUCUUCCUCGGAGACAUCGUCGAUCGGGGGCCCCGUCAACUGGAAUGCUUGAUCCUGAUUAUGGCAUACAAGGCGGUCUUCCCCAAACAGGUUUUCAUCGUCCGUGGUAAUCACGAAGAAAAGGAGACUUGCGAAGAUUUCCAAGCCGACAUGCUUGCUCGCGGAUACAGCGACGAGGCGGAGCAAGCCAUCAAAUUGCUUCUCGAGCUUUUCGAAAAGUUGCCAAGCCUUGGGGUGAUUGACGGUCGGAUUCUCUGCAUGCACGGCAUGCUAGCGGUCGAGCUAACAAAAGAGGAUCUGGGAGUUCAAGCUGAUCUAUCUCCGGCACAUUUCUCCGACAUGGCCCGGAACAUGCGGUGGAAUGAUCCGUCAGAGGAAGUCGUCCGUAUCUCGCCCAACACCUCGCGCGGUGGCGGCCAGCUCUGGCCCCCGAAAAAAAUCGAGGAAACGAUCGAAAUGCUGGGCGUCGACUUCGUCCUUCGCGGUCACCAGAUGAUGACGAACGGCGUACGUAGGUUUGCCAAUCUUCCAUUGGCCACCGUCUUCUCAUCGUCGUUCUACUGCGACGAGAAAAAUCUUGGCGCCGUUCUCUUCGUCGAUCCUGAGAAGAACGCCAUCGUGCCGAUCUUCAUCGUCAACAUGAACGACAAGAUCGAGACGCAAGAUGCAUUCGACAAGAGACUGGCUGAGGGUUGGAAAGCCAAGGAUUAUACGGACACUAAGGAGCAAACGAAAAUGGCAAAGCCGAACGUGAAGAAGGAUGAAAAGAAA